UUCGCUCGUGGGGAGCGAUAUGGCGUCUUCUUGAAGCGUACAUUAAUCGCAAGUGUUUUGUUGACAAGUUAUUGAGCAUGCUCUGAAGUUGUAGAUGGCGGCCGACUCCACAGACAAGAAGGAUGGUGAAUCCUCAGGGACCAAAGACAGAGAAAGGAAACGCAGCCGUUCACGAGACCGAGAUCGUAAGGGCUCGCCCUCUCGCAAAAGCCGGCGUUCUCGUGAACGAAAUCGCUCCAAGUCUGCAGAAAGAGACCGACGCAUGAAAGACAAGGAUAGAGACAAGGAGCGGGACAGAGAUAAGGACAGAGACAGGAGCCGUAAGGACAGAGACGGCCAUCGUCGUGAUAAAGACCGGAGCAAGAGGUCCAGAAGUCUCUCACCCAAGUCAAAGGAUGCCAAAUUAAAGCGAGAGAGGGAUAUAAAAACAGAAGAGGAGGAGGAUGAAAAAAAGAAGAAAGAGAAGGUCCAGCCUUUAUCUUUGGAGGAGCUUCUCGCCAAGAAGAAGGCAGAAGAGGAGGCAGAGGCAAAGCCAAAGUUCUUCUCCAAGGCAGAGCGAGAAGCUGAGGCUCUGAAACGGAGGGAGCAGCAGACGGAGGAAAGGAGAAGGUUGAUUGAAGAAGAGAGGAAGAAGAGAAGGAGCUUUCAGGACAUGGGGAGAAAAAUGCUGGAGGACCCUCAGGAAAGGGAGAGACGAGAGCGAAGAGAACGAAUGGAGCGAGAGAACAACGGUAACGAAGACGAUGAUGGACGACAGAAGCUCAGAGAGGAAAAAGAUAAAAGCAAAGAACUCCACGCCAUCAAGGAGCGUUAUCUUGGUGGGGUCAAAAAACGCCGGAGAACUCGUCACCUGAACGACAGGAAGUUUGUGUUUGAGUGGGACGCUUCUGAAGACACUUCAGUCGACUACAACCCGAUUUACAAAGAGAAGCACCACGUGCAGCUGUACGGGCGAGGCUUCAUCGCCGGCAUCGACUUGAAGCAGCAGAAAAGAGAGCAGUCACGUUUCUAUGGCGACCUGAUGGAAAAACGGCGCACACUGGAAGAGAAGGAGCAGGAAGAGACGAGACUGAAGAAGAUGCGUAAGAAAGAGGCGAAGCAGCGCUGGGACGACAGACACUGGUCUCAGAAAAAGCUGGACGAGAUGACGGACAGAGACUGGCGAAUCUUCAGAGAGGACUACAGCAUCACCACCAAGGGAGGAAAAAUCCCGAAUCCCAUCAGGAACUGGAAGGAGUAUUCACUGCCCGCACACAUCCUGGAGGUCAUCGACAAGUGCGGCUACAAGGAUCCGACACCGAUUCAGAGGCAGGCCAUUCCCAUUGGUCUGCAGAACCGUGACAUCAUCGGCGUGGCCGAGACGGGUAGCGGUAAAACGGCUGCUUUCCUGAUUCCGCUGCUCGUCUGGAUCACCACCCUGCCAAAGAUUGACAGGAUUGAAGACUCAGAUCAGGGUCCCUACGCUGUGAUUUUGGCCCCGACUCGUGAGUUGGCGCAGCAGAUUGAAGAAGAAACCAUAAAGUUUGGUAAACCGCUCGGCAUCCGCACGGUGGCUGUGAUUGGAGGAAUCUCCAGAGAGGACCAGGGCUUCCGUCUCAGGAUGGGCUGUGAGAUCGUCAUCGCCACCCCCGGACGUCUGAUUGACGUGCUGGAGAACCGAUACCUGGUCCUCGGCCGCUGCACCUACGUCGUCCUCGAUGAGGCCGAUCGUAUGAUUGACAUGGGCUUCGAGCCCGACGUCCAGAAGAUUCUGGAGUACAUCCCAGUGACCAAUCAGAAGCCAGACACAGACGAAGCAGAAGACCCCGAGAAAAUGAUGAUGAACUUCGAGUCUGGAAAACAUAAAUACAGACAAACGGUCAUGUUCACAGCCACCAUGCCUCCAGCUGUGGAGAGACUGGCCAGGAGCUACCUGAGACGUCCUGCUGUGGUCUACAUCGGGUCUGCCGGCAAACCGCACGAGAGAGUCGAACAGAAGGUGUUGCUGAUGUCAGAGGGAGAGAAGAGGAAGAAGCUUCUGGAGGUGCUGUCGCAUGGAUUCGAGCCUCCCAUCAUCAUCUUUGUCAACCAGAAGAAGGGUUGCGACGUGCUGGCAAAGUCUCUGGAGAAGAUGGGGUACAAUGCUUGCACGCUGCACGGUGGCAAAGGUCAAGAGCAGAGAGAGUUUGCGCUCUCCAACCUCAAGGCAGGAGCCAAAGACAUCCUGGUGGCCACUGACGUCGCUGGUCGAGGUAUCGACAUCCAGGACGUCUCUAUGGUUCUUAACUACGACAUGGCGAAGAACAUUGAAGACUACAUCCAUCGUAUCGGCCGUACGGGUCGUGCCGGUAAGAGCGGUGUCGCCAUGACUUUCCUCACCAAAGAGGACUCGGCGGUGUUUUACGACCUGAAGCAGGCCAUCCUGGAGAGCCCGGUCUCCACCUGCCCUCCAGAGCUCGCCAACCACCCGGACGCUGCACACAAACCUGGAACCAUCCUGACCAAGAAGAGACGCGAGGAGACCAUCUUUGCCUGAUUCAUCCCGGCAGUUUACAGACAAACUGGACCUUAUACAAUAAACACACACACACACACACACACACAUCAGAAAUCACGCAUCGGUUUUUGUCUACAGGUAAUCAACGCCCAUUUCAUUUGUUCUUUUGCCACCUUUUCCUCCCCUCACUGUCUGUUUUUGUCUUUUCAGCAGGAAUUUACCACACUGGUUUUGAGAUUUUGAGGCUCUGAUGUGGGCAGAUGGUCAUCGUUGUGCGUGAAUUUGAUUGUUUUUGUAAAUGAGGUAAAAGUUUUGUUUGCCUCUCUAAAAGUGACGAUGCAGCUGAUGUGCUCUGUAUAAAUGCGACUCUCUGGAUAUCAAAUGUGAUGAAAAGCAGCCGGGAUGUGAGUGUAGAUGAGCAGUAAGUGCUGUGUUUCAUUCAUUUUCUGUUCAGCAUAAUUUAGAUUUCCUGACUGUUGAAGAGACCAAUUCUGGCCAUUUAUUUUGCUUCAGACGCAUCCUCUGACUAAACUGCAGUUCACUGUUUUAAAUAUAAACAUUUGUAAUGAAGUGAAUGACGCCCGGCUCAUAAUUGUCCAAAAAAAAAAAAAAAAUGUAGGGAAAAAUCUCUGUAGCAGUUAAAAAAAUAUAUAUAUGUUGAUGUGCUCAGAGGGGAAAUAUUUGGAUGCAGAAAUCUUGAAACUUUUACAGAAGAGGUAAAAUCAGGCACUUGAACAUCGAGCAGCAGGAUUAAUGUGGUGUUUUGAUUAAAAACCCUUUAUUGGUGACAUGGCUUGUUCAUGAAAUAAUUCAUGAAACGGUAAAAAAUUACCGUUUUUGAUCUUGCAUCCACAGAUCAAUGUCAGUGAUCUUGAUCAAAUUAAAUCAGGAGAUCAUAAUGCGUUUUUUGUUUUUUUAAAUUGAUGAAUUUGCAUUGAUUAGAUAACUAGGACUAUAGUUGGUGAUGGCAGAUAAUUAUGCUCAUUCAGAAAUAUUUCAAAAUUAACAAACCAAAACGUUUAGAACCAAAACACCCAAACAAAAACAAAAUACAGAAAAACAUACUAUUUAACAGAACUUAAACAUACUUUACAUUAUUUAUGUACUGUAUGUUUUUUUAUUUUGUUGCCUGCCAAGUGAAUAAUUACAAUUAAAUAUGAAUGAGCCAUAUAACUAAUAAAGGAUUUCAGUCCAAAAUCCACAUUACUCCAUGCUGCAGCACAUGUUCAGAUUAUCUCGACACUUCAUACACAGCAGCAGCCAAUCAUCAUCUCUGUGUUUAAAGGCCGUGAAAACGUAUUUUUCUCACUGUCUGACUUUAGACGAUGAGGUCGUACAUUAAUGUUCUGCAAAAAUGUUUCAGAUGUGUCUGCUGCCUUCAAAUGGUGUCGUGUUUAUCGAGUUAUGAGAAGAGUCCGUCUGAAGGCCCUGCUUUUCUCGUAUUCACGACCGUGUAAGUGGAAAUUUUCUGAAAGUUUCAAGUUAACAAGUUAUGAAGUGUCUGCUGCUUUCAGAAACGACAGAGGCCAUGAAAUUCCAUUAUGAUGGACGUUGAGUUAUUAUAAUGUAAUUUUGCUUUUUAGACUUUUCCCAACAGUCUCAUUUUUUCCUCUGUCAUUAGUCCUUUACAUUUUAUGUGCGUUACGUGUUUGCUAGCUUGCUGAAUUGUGCCCUCUGUGGUUUCUGGGCACCGACAGUAGCGUCCAUGUUGCUGUUGCCUAGAAACAUACUGUGUACAAAAUUGUCGCGACCACAGGUUCCUUUUGAAGACGGCGUUAGUCACAGGUUUUGACAGGGCUCAUUUGUAAAAUUGUGAUGUCGCGUAUUUCUACUCACUGAUUAGUUCAGCAACAAUUGUGAAUCAAAAUGUGACAUUAAGUCAAUAAAAUCUGAUCAAAACACGCCCA